UCGUGCAGUUUAGUUUUGCGAUGACAUUUGAAUAUGAUAACGACAUCUUAAAACGUAAAUAUAUAAUAUUAUGUGCCUACUAUAAUAUUUGAUUGCUACGUAAAGAGUGGUCGUUAUUGCGAUUUGAUGGCGUUUAAUAAUAUUGUUUAUUAAACUCUGUUAAACGCAAAUUGAAAAUUAGUUACUGAAAAUAUUCAAGGACUUCUAAAUCAUGUGGAAUUUUUAAUUCAUUAUAUCGAUUGAUUGAUACUGCGAACGUAGGACGUAAAGUAAAUAAAGAAUAUUAUGUAAAUUCCAGAACGCAAUUUCACGUACAGCCUUAUUGUGCUAUCGCUCUUUUUUUUCUAUCUAAUUUUCAUGUGAUCGGAUGUUUGUUUUUUAAAAUAAUAUUUAGGUACAUUGAUUUGAUUUUAACACUAUACGCUAACGAAGAAAUCGUAUAGUGGCCAUUAAGAAAAAACGUUUUUCUCAUAAUAUAUAUACAGUACGAGAUUCUUUUAUUUGUACUUAUAAUUCCAAGAACUCGGAAUGAAGAACCCGUCAGAUAAGUUUUAUAAUAAUAAUAAUGAUAAUAUAACAUUCAUAUAGUAUACAGCGUGCUUUUAAUCGCUUAAAAAAAAUCAUUAACAUUAUAUUAUAUUGUUGAAAUCUGUGAAAGUGUAAAAUCUAACAAUAUUGAUGUCUGCAGCCAUAUAGGAUUCUGUAUACGUUAGAAUAAACCUAGCAAACAAGUGAGUGUGUGUCUUAUGAUUAGAGCUAGGAUUUUGGUGACUUUUGCAUUUUUUUUCUUUAAGUGCUAUACAAUUCUUACCAAAAACUAAAUUUGUUUCGUGAUUUAACAAUGUAGAAUAUGUAAUUUUUAUUUUGCAUUUUUUUGCAUUUUUUGCAUUUUUUGUGUUAAAUGCAUUUUAUUGCAUUUUUAAGGUCAUUUUUACGUAAUAUUACAAAUAUUACGUUCAUUUUGUGUAUUUUAACUAAUUUUUGUUUAUUUUAAGCUUUUUUAAUACGUGUUGUAAAGGUUAUCCCAACUAGUACCUAUAUAGGCAAUUAGUAAUUGCCAAUUGGCAAUACUAAUAGCACCUACUCCAGUCCAUUGUUAUUGAAAAAGUAAUCUAAGAGUAAGUAAAAUAAGAUUACGUCAUAUCGAACGAACCCAAAACUAUUUAGGUAUACAAUAGUAGCUUUAGUAGUGAAUGCGACACGUACCUAUAUGGUUCUACACCGAUUUGUACACUAUUGUAUACUGAACAAAUAAUAUUACGACUAAUAUUAAAAAUUAAUAUUAAAACUUUAAAAAUGCCAAAAAUUAAGUCAACAGUAGGAAGCCGUUUACGUAGUUUUGUGAGUGAGUUUGGUGCCGAUAUUUUUUCUACGGACGGUAUGGUGCUUUUUUGUAAAGUGUGUAAUGUUGCAGUUGCCUCCGAAAAUAAAUUUACAAUUCAACAGCACAUCAGUCGAGAUAAGCAUGAUCGUGGAAUUCAACGAAAACUGAAUGAAGUGAAACAAAAUGAUCAAGUACUAAUAUCUAAUUUAACAAAUAAUAGUGAUCAAUCGUCAUUUAAUUUAGAGCUUUGUAAAACAUUAUUAGCAGCUAAUAUUCCACUUGCUAAAUUAAAUAACACAAAUUUUAGAAAUUUUUUAAAAAAAUAUAUAAAAUUUAAAAUCCCAGACGAGUCUACAUUGCGUAAAAAUUAUGUUGAAAAAUGCUAUUUAAAUACAAUACGAAAUAUUAGACACUAUGUAGGCGAUAAAAAAAUUUGUGUUAGUGUAGAUGAAACGACAGACGUUGAAGGCCGUUAUGUAUUAAAUAUAGUUAGGUAUUGGUACCCUGGAAGCAGAAAAUUCAGGAAAAAUAUUUUUGUUAUAUUCUGAUGUCUUGGAAAAAACAAAUCAUUCAACCAUUGCAAAAGCGUUCGAUAAAGCCAUGUUUACAUUAUGGCCUGAAGGAAUAAAACACGAUAAUGUCCUUAUUUUUGUAUCUGAUGCUGCCCCAUAUAUGGUGAAAGCAGGAAGAGCUAUUUGCACUCUGUAUUCAAAAAUGGUGCACGUAACCUGUGUGGCGCAUGCAAUUCAUAGAGUUGCGGAAGAAAUAAGAACAAAUUUUCAAGAUGUCAAUAAACUUAUAAGUUGCGUAAAAAAAAUAUUUUUAAAAUCACCAUAUCGUACACAAAUGUUUAAAACUCUUGCUCCAGGUAUUCCAUUGCCACCCGAACCCGUAAUCACGCGAUGGGGAACCUGGCUAAAUGCUGUAAAUUACUAUUGUGAGAAUUUUUCUUAUGUAAAAAAAGUUGUACUUGAAUUAAAUCAUGAUGAUUCGACUAAUAUAAAAGAAGCGAAAAAACUUAUGUCUGAAUCAAGUUUAGAGGCUAAUUUGAUUUAUAUAAAAUCUAAUUUUGGUUUCAUUCCUUCAGAAAUAAAAAAGCUGGAGGCUUCUGGAGUCUUAUUAUCAGAAACUAUUAAUACAAUUAAAAAAAUUGAAACUACAUUGUCCCUUGCUCCUAAUGUAAUCGGAGAAACAAUAUCAAACAAACUGAAUAAUGUUUUGAUGAAAAAUAAUGGGUUCAAAGUUUUAAAAAAUAUAUCUGCUAUUCUGGACGGUGAAAAUACAAGUAGAGAUGGUAUUCCGGAAGACCUAACUUUAAAUGAUAUGGUUCAUUUCAAAUAUGCCCCUGUUACUUCUGUGGACGUUGAACGAAGUUUUUCUUCAUAUAAAAACAUUUUAUCUGACCGCCGUCACAGCUUCCUGUUUGAAAAUCUUAAGAAUCAUCUAAUUGUGCAAUGCAAUAAUAUGUGUACAGAAUAAUUAUACCAGGAAGCGGUUGAAUUCACAAGUCAAAUUUAUACCUAUUUUAUUCAUAAAUCAUAUUUAUUAAUUAAUAAUUUAAAAAUAAAUUUUUUCAUUCAUCUAAGUACAUUUUUUGGUUAUUUUUUAAGUUCAUUUUUUAGAGUUUUUAGGUCAUUUUUGCAUUUUUUUUAGUGCAUUUUUGUGUAUUUUUUAGGUCAUUAAAAUCCUAGCUCUACUUAUGAUUCUAAAGUCUAAACGCGCCGGUUGUUAUUAUAUUCACGCAGUGUUGGGGAGACGAACGAGGGUUGGAUAUAAUCCAAAAUAGUCAAACUCCAAUAUUAUGAUUUAUUUAGGGGCUUGCGAUGCGAUGAUUAUAAUUAUUAUAAUAUGCCAAACGGUGAAGUACAUAAUAUUAUUUAAUUGAGUUUUUAAUUAUAUUUAAAAUAUGCGGCGCCGGAAAGCAAGCCGGAGGAUAGUCAAUUUGUGCUUGCAAAUUACAAGUAUCUAUAAAGUGUGACUUACCUUGGCCGUUAACGAAAGUUAUGAAAGAGUUCUUAGGAAAAACAAAAUUUAAAAAUACUGCACACUUAAAAGAGCAUCACACACAUGAUGAUUAUGAUUUAUUAUAAUAUUAUAUACGUUUAUGUGUGUACGGCGGACGACCAAAAGAAACUGUUGAUCACGCGGAUCAAACGUCUGUGGGGGGGCAUCGUCAACUAUCGCGGGUAACAUAAUAUUAUGUACAUUUUGCACACGACAAUUUAUCGUGUUAUUAUUACUAUGGUAUUACACCCGAAUAGGUAUUGGGACGUCAUCGUCGGAGCGGUCGUUGGGCAAUAAAAAUACGAAAAAAACAAUGUCUCCCGAGAGUCUUUUCGCGUUUUUUUUUUUUUUGCACGUCUCUCGACAUUCUGUGGGAGUUUACGCGUAUAUAAUAAUAAUAAUAUGUGAUGAUAAUAUUAUAAUAUAUUAUACCCACACUCAAACAUUAACGCUCGUACACACACACACGCGCGCGCGCACGACUGAGUAGAAAAUUCGCGAUUGUCUAAGUUUAGUUUUACAAUAUACACCACAGCCACCACACAGCUGCCGCGGCCCGGUAUUUCGGUUAAACAGUGUUUUAAUUUUUUUCACGUUAAGUAGACGUAAAGCAGUGUACGAUCUUCGUCCGAACCGUCUUAUUAAUAUAUAUAAUCACACCGAGACGUUUGGAUAGGUAUCGCUGAUUGUUUUUAAACAUUUUCACUGGAAAAAAGAACUGAAAAGAAAGCUGGAGCACUGUCUCAACAGGAAAACCUGCGAAGCACCAGUG